AUGUCUCGCCAUCGGGCAUACCAGAACUACGACUAUGACAAUGAUCUGGACGAGUACGAAGGCGACGAGUAUGGGCUCGACACCUUGAACCCAGAGGACCAGGAGACCAUGAAUCAGGCCACGGUCGCUCUGUACAACGUACUGGGCGCAGAAGCAUCCAGGGUCCCCAAAGAUCAGGCCCAUGAAGCCCUCUGGCACUACUACUUUGAUGUGGACAAAGCGGCUGCCUACCUCGUAAGCAAAUUUGUUGCGCCAAAGCCCGUCAAGGCCAAGGGCAAGGCACCAGAAGGGCUCGAAAGUGGUAGUAUGGCAACAGCCGCGCCCCCAGCGCCGCUGUCGUUUGGCAACUUCUUCCACGAUAUGCCGUGGCUCAACAUACCCAAGGACCGGCAAGCGGUCUUCAUCCCACCACAACUUGCACGCGGCGGUCUCCUGGGCGGUGCGGGAACUGGGCAAAAGAUGUCUAAGCUGCAGGCUCUCGCAGCCGCUCGCAAAAAGGCAGCCGAAAGCAAAAAAGCUGGUACUGGAGAUGCGCAGGUUCCACAGCAACAAAUGGGGAACCUGUCUCUUGGGGAAGCAGACCUGACCAAAGAGAACCGCAACCCGGCACUUGGGGCCAUGGAAAGACUGCGAAUCGCCGCCAGCAUCACCAAAGCCACCGCGCCCUCACCAGUGCCGCCGGCCCCCAGCAGCCCGCCCGACCCACCGCUUCAGGGGCCAGGCUUCGGGCAGGUGGACGAGCCUCCAACAGUCGGCGAUAUGGAUAUGCCCUUGCCCGUGGUAUCUCAGCCAUCAGCAUUUGCGCGCACACUCCUCGGGCCUCCUGCCACCUCUCGCGCUGUGACACAACAACAGUCCUUUGCCCUCCCCUACAUGGCCUUCAUGUCCACAGUUGUGGAUGCGUUUUCACAACCCUCACCGGACGACACCGUCCUAGCGGCGCAGGCGCAAGCCGGUAAGCAGAAAGCCGCUGGCACAUCAAAAAAGGCGCCAAAGAGUGAGAAGACCGAUCCUUUGUCCGAGUCGGUCAAGAGCCUCAAGGUCGAGGACGCGCCCUUGCCCAAGAGCAAGAACCUCGAUGUCCUGGACGAGUACGAGAAGAGCAAGAAGAAGAAGAGCGCGAGCUUUGUCGUGGUCGGGCAUGUCGACGCGGGAAAGAGUACACUCAUGGGAAGGCUCCUCCUGGAUCUCAAAGUGGUGGACGAGAGAACAGUGCAAAAGUACAGGAAAGAGGCCGAGUCGAUGGGCAAAUCAUCUUUUGCGCUGGCAUGGAUCCUCGACCAGAGAACCGAGGAAAGAUCCCGGGGAGUCACCAUCGACAUUGCCACCAACCGAUUCGAGACCGACGCCACAUCAUUCACCAUCCUUGAUGCCCCGGGGCACAAGGACUUCAUCCCGAACAUGAUCGCCGGGGCCAGCCAGGCCGACUUUGCCAUUCUGGUCAUCGACUCGAGCACAGGCGCGUUCGAGUCGGGUCUUAAAGGACAAACCAGGGAGCACUCGUUGCUUAUAAGAAGCAUGGGUGUCUCGCGAGUCAUCGUGGCGGUCAACAAGCUGGACACGACGGACUGGUCUCGGGAUCGAUACGACGAGAUUUGCCAGCAGGUUUCCGGCUUCAUGUCGGCAACCGGGUUCCAGAUGAAGAACGUCAGCUUCGUGCCGUUGUCGGGCCUCAACGGCGACAACUUGGUCAAACGGUCGACGGCAGUCGCCGCAUCAUGGUACACUGGGCCAACUCUCAUCGAGGAGCUGGAGAGCUCGGAGCCCAUGACGCGUACGCUGAAGGAGCCGCUUCGCAUGACCAUUUCGGACGUCUACCGCACGGCACUUAGCCCUCUUACCAUCACGGGCCGCCUCGACGCUGGUUCGGUGCAGACGGGAGAUGCCAUCUUGGUUCAGCCGAGCGGAGAGAAGGCAUUUGUCAAGGCGCUCGAAAUAGACUCGGAGUCGAUCGACUGGGCGGUGGCAGGCCAAAACGUGACCAUUCACCUCGCCAAUAUCGACCCAAUCCAUGUACGAACAGGCGACAUCAUCUGCAGCACGGCGAGCCCGAUCGAGUGCGUCGACGUCUUCACGGCCAAGAUUCUCGCGUUCGACAUUCUCAUGCCCAUGCAAGUCGACGUUCAUCGGGGGCGGCUACAUGCGGCGGGGCAGAUUCAGGAGAUGUCGGCGAUCCUCCAUAAGAUGACGGGAGCAGUGACGAAAAAGAAGCCUAGGAUCAUAAAGGCUGGUGACACGGCCAGGAUCGUGGUCAAGAUGACAUCCAAGGUGCCGCUCGAGACUGGCCAGCGCAUCAUCCUGCGCAGCAAUGGGUCAACAGUGGCGGCGGGCUUGUUGGAAUAA